ACGAAUAUCAACAAGAACCCCAGAUUCCCCUCCACUUUUUUGGUUCAUUCACCGCUGGAACCGCAGAAUAGGCGAAGUGUGAUAUGCCGAUCUCUCAUCUUCACGCUCGAUAAUGCACACUUCACAUGCAUAACAUCUCCAAACCAUUUGCAGGCGGGAAGCCAAUGCCGACUUUCGCGACUUGCAAUUCUGCACGCUUGAAAAGCUUUCUUUGCUGGAGCGAGGGCCGGAAGGACACUUAGUAGUAGAAGCAUCUGUAGCCAGGCAAUUUCGCUCACUCAAACAUCGUUCGAUCGCAUGUCUGCUUCACCAAGCAAAAUGACAAGCGUGACUCCACUUCCUCGCCACUGGUACCUCUUCUUCGGCGUGAUCGAACCAAUCAGUGUCUUUGCAGGAUGUAUCUACGCCAUCUUCUUCCAGGAGAAGUUCUACCUUGAGCAGGUUCCUGAAGCGUUCGCGCCGCCACCGUACACGCGAUCCAUCUUCGGCACACCUUCUGUGAAGCUCGAUGCGGCCGUGCGAAUGGUGCUGGCACAGCUAGGUAGCUGCUAUUUUCUGAUCAUGCUGAACAGUGCACUGGUUUUCUAUGCACUGAGACGGUUCGUCAAGGAUCCGGUGGCCCUUGAGAAUAUUCUCUACUACCUCGUCUUCGUCCUCGGUGCAGCUGACUGGUCGCACAUCGGGCUCACGCUUUAUAUUCUGCCGUCACCAACUCCAAGGCUAUCGAACCGCGCGCCAAAUGGGAUGGAUAAGCUGGCCUUGUUACUCAAACCUUCGUCAUGGAAUUCCCUCCUCUUCGGAAACGUGAUGGUCCCGUUCAUCUUGGUUUGCUUCCGUGCGGCUUGGUGGACCGGCGUCGGAAGGGAUUCAGGCGCCACGCUCAGAACUAAAUCAAAGACGAAGUAA